AUGCAUCGGCUGAAAUGUGUGAAUUUGAAACUUCGCGCAGAAGGGAUCAAAAAGUACGCACGUGUUGAGCAUAUUGGAGAUGAUGUUGAACGAAUGCCGCUGGUGGAUGAUGUGGAUGCUGCUGUGGUUGAUGUUGAUGUUGUUGUUGUUGCUGCUGCUGUUGUUGUUGUUGUUGUUGUUGUUGUUGUUGUUGUUGUUGCUGCUGUUGUUGUUGUUGUUGUUGUUGUUGUUGUUGCUGUUGUUGAUGCUGCUGCUGCUGAUGCUGCUGAUGUUGCUGCUGAUGAUGCUGCUGCUGAAGAUGGAGUUGCUGCUGCUGAUGAAGAUGUGACUGUGGAAGAAGUUGAGGGUGAUGAGGAUGAUGAGGAACUGGUGUUGCUCCAGCAGCCGAGCUUGAUGGCCAAGCUAUGUUUGACAUACGGUGUCCAUUCAUGUGAUGAGCAUGUGAUAAUCGCUGAAAUGUCUCUGGCAUGCUGGCUGUCAUUGCCUCACAAUUUGGCCAAUAAUCUUGGGAAUUUUGAACACGAAAUGCCUGAAAGCAUUAAAGCAUAA